AUGUCAAAUUUGACAAAGCUGGAAUUCGUGGCCCUGGAUAUUUCUGGCAAAAAUUAUUUAUCAUGGAUUUUGGAUGCUCAGAUCCAUUUGGAUGCCAUGGGCCUUGGAGACACAAUUAAAGAAAAGAAUGAUGCAUCAUUGCAAGAUAAAGCAAAGGCCAUGAUUUUUCUCCGGCGCCAUAUUAGUGAGGAACUGAAAAAUGAAUACCUCACUGAAAGAGAUCCACUUUGUUUGUGGAACAAUUUGAAAGACAGAUAUGGUCAUCAAAAAACAGUUAUCCUCCCAAAGGCCAGGGCUGAUUGGCUACAACUGAGGUUGCAAGAUUUCAAAACUGUGGCUGAAUAUAACUCUGCCCUAUUCAAAAUCAGCUCUACAUUGAAAUUAUAUGGUGAUACUGUUACUGAUGAACUUCUGCUAGAAAAAACAUUCACCACAUUUCACGCCUCGAAUGUACUCUUGCAACAACAAUAUCGAGAGCAACAAAAUAAUGAACUUUUAUUGAGAAACCACCAGUCCCGUCCAACUGGAUCGACACCGAUCCCAGAAACAUAUGUUGCCUCAUCCCGUGGUCGUGGACGCGGACGCGGACGCGGACGUGGACGUGGUCGUGGUGGUAGAAAUGAAUAUGGUCGUGGCAAAAAUAACUACCACAAUAAGGAAUAUGGUCGUGGUAGAAAUCAUUCUUAUUAUCGUGAAGGAUAUCAAUCCUCACAUUUUCGCAAUCAGAGAUCCACACAAUAUCCUCAAAGGAAAGAUCAUAAUGAAAUGAGACAAUUAAAAGGAAAGGAUGUGGCUCAACCUUCCAAGGCUCAUGAUAAUACUUGCUAUCGGUGUGGCAUGACAGAGCAUUGGCAAAGUAUUUUUCGUACACCGAAGCAUCUGGCUGAUCUGUAUCAAGCCUCAAUAAAAGAAAAGGGAAAACAAAAGGAAAUGAAUUUCCUUGAUCAUGAUGAGCCAAUUGACACCACAAAUCUGGAAAUGAAUUUCAUUAAUCAUGAUGAGCCAGUUAACAUCACCAAUCUGGAUGUAUCAGAUUUUUUUUAUGAUCGUGAUGGAAGGAUAGACUUCCUGAUUGGUGAUGGAAAUGUCCACACCAGUUAA